CUCCUUUAAUUUUUCUAUCAAGGCGGACAACUCUUAAUUUUGAUAAUACCAAUCCCGAUAUCCCCCCUCCCUCCCCAACACCGACAACACCGAAAACACCGAAAUCCACACAAUUUCCUAGUUUCAGUGCGGAUCAUAUACCUUCAAAAUGGCGGCCUCUAGUGACGCCGGAAUGCUCAUGUCUGAUGCUCCGUCGAGAGCUGCUGCGACUCCCAGACCCAGACAGUUCAACAGAGGCUCCUCGGCACGACCUCGAGGGCCUCCCUCCGAAAGCUUAGCCGCUCCUAGCGACGAUGAAGCUGAGGGCUUUGCCGAUGACCAGAUUCCCGGUCGGUCAAGACAACGAGAUCCUGCUACUGUCCCUCGAGUAGAGGAUAGGAUCGGUAUUACUGUCCAAGAGCACUUUGAAAACUUCAUAGAAGAAUUCGUCGACGACCCUGUAUCAUCAGGUGCUCCGACGUCGAGUGCCGUUACUACAGACAAAUUCUACGUCGCCCAGAUCCACGGAAUGAGAAUUUACCAACUAUCGACUUUUUACGUCAACUAUAAUCACGUCGCUAGCUAUCAAAAUGGCGGUCUGGCUAAUGCCAUCAAUACUCAAUACUACCGAUUCCUCCCCUUCCUCACCAACGCCCUCCAUAAUAUGAUCGCCAAGUACGAACCACAGUAUUUCCGUGAGCAUCGACAAGCUACGACUUCCAGUAAUCAGACUACGUCGGGCGCAAGCAAUAUUGGCUCUGGAAGCCAAUCCGACGCGCAGGGCAACAAGACAGCGAACCAACAAACCGAUAAACUGUUCGCCAUCGCAUUCUAUAAUCUCCCUCUCGUCUCUCGUGUCCGAAGUUUACGUGCUAAGAACAUUGGCCAGCUCCUUUCUAUAUCUGGAACUGUCACACGUACCUCUGAGGUCCGACCAGAACUGUUCCUUGCAACCUUCAAUUGCGAGACGUGCCGUUCAGUGGUUCCAAAUGUUGAGCAGACGUUCCGAUAUACCGAGCCUACACAAUGUCCUAAUAUUCAGUGCGGAAACCGUCUAGCUUGGCAACUCGAUAUCCGACAAAGUACUUUUGUUGAUUGGCAGAAGGUCCGCAUUCAGGAGAACAGUUCGGAAAUUCCUACGGGAAGUAUGCCGCGGACGAUGGACGUUAUUCUACGAGGCGAAAUGGUGGAUCGUGCUAAGGCAGGCGAGAAAUGUAUUUUUACUGGUGCCUUGAUCGUGGUACCUGAUAUAAGUCAGUUAGGUCUUCCGGGAGUUCGGCCUACGGCGAUUCGAGAUGACCGGAAUGCGCCUCGAGGCAACGACGUCGGUGGUAGUGGAGUCUCAGGUCUGAAAUCCCUAGGUGUUCGCGACCUGACCUACCGACUGGCUUUCCUAGCCAAUAUGGUUACCCCUGAUACGUCUACGCCCGGCCAAUCCGCCUCGCGCCAAGUCCACGAUAUCAUUAACUCUUUAACCCAGACAUCUGCCGACACGGCUGAAACAGUCGAAGAAGCGCAGACCGCCGUGUUGAACUCUAUGACACCUAGCGAGAUCGACGAGCUCCGUGAGAUGGUCCAUAGUGACCAUAUCUAUCACCGCCUUGUCCAGUCGCUCGCGCCUACAGUAUAUGGCCACGAGAUCGUCAAGAAAGGUCUUCUCCUACAGUUGAUGUCUGGUGUCCACAAGACAACAGCUGAAGGAAUGGCCCUUCGAGGUGAUAUCAAUAUCUGUAUUGUUGGUGACCCAUCUACUUCUAAAUCUCAAUUCUUGAAGUAUAUCUGUUCCUUCGCACCACGUGCAGUCUACACGUCCGGCAAAGCUUCCUCAGCUGCUGGUCUUACAGCUGCAGUGGUUAAGGAUGAAGAGACGGGCGAAUUCACCAUUGAGGCUGGUGCUCUCAUGCUGGCUGAUAACGGUAUUUGCUGCAUCGACGAGUUCGACAAGAUGGACAUCGCCGAUCAAGUUGCUAUCCACGAAGCUAUGGAACAGCAAACAAUCUCUAUUGCUAAAGCCGGUAUUCAAGCAACCCUUAAUGCAAGGACGUCUAUUCUCGCUGCUGCUAAUCCGGUUGGUGGACGAUAUAACCGCAAGACUACGUUGCGAGCCAACAUCAACAUGUCAGCUCCUAUCAUGUCUCGUUUCGAUCUCUUCUUCGUAAUUCUUGACGAGUGCAACGAGACCGUGGAUCGUCAUUUGGCAGAACAUAUUGUGGGCAUUCACGCUCUACGUGAUGACGCUAUCGAACCAGAAUUCAGCACCGAAUGCUUACAGAGGUAUAUCCGGUUCGCGCGGACAUUCCGACCCGAGUUCACGCCCGAGGCUAAGGAGCGCCUCGUCGAAAAGUAUAAGGAGCUGCGUGCGGAUGAUGCCCAAGGUGGCAUCGGCAAGAACAGCUACCGUAUUACUGUCCGUCAGCUCGAGUCCUUGAUUCGGUUGUCUGAGGCCAUCGCUAAAGCGAACUGUAUCGAGGAAAUUACACCCGAUUUUGUAGAUGAGGCAUUUAAUCUCCUCCGACAGAGUAUCAUAUCGGUUGAACACGAUGAUGUUGAGAUGGAUGAAGACGAAAACGAGACACCCGAGGACUCGGCAACGCUUGUUGCUGCCGCGGACCAAGCUACGCGCGCUUCUUCAGCAGCCGCUCAGGACCAGGAUGAGGAGGGUGACUCGCCCAUGAACGACGGCGAGAAUGCAGAUGCACAAGGUAGUAGGGAACCUAGCUCUGCGGCACCGGCGAAGAAGAAGACGGCGAUCACGUACGAGAAGUACAUCAGCAUGGUGAACCUGAUCGUAUCGCGGGUGAACGAGGAUGAAGUGUCCGGGUCCGGCGAAGGUGUAGAUGGCGAUGCACUUAUAGAAUGGUACCUCGAGCAGAAAGAAAGCGAGCUGGAGGGUGAGGAGGAUUACCACCGGGAAAUGGGCGUCGCGAAGAUGGUGCUGAAGAAGAUGGUCAAAGACAACAUUCUGAUGGCGGUCCGCGGUGAGGGCCUAGCCGAGGAUGGCGACCAGGCCGCUGCCGCAGAUGGCGCAUCCGCACCCGCACCCUCGCAGAAGGUCGUAUAUGUGUUACAUCCCAACUGCGCUAUAGAGGAGGUCUAAGGACUAGGGU